AUGCCGGACAUCACACUAGACUCUGAGCAUGUGAAGUUCACACCCCCUGCUCCUGCCCUUGACCACAAACGCGGCGGGGCCGAGUCAGGCCGAACCGAGCCAGGCACCGCCCGCAGCAGGGCGGCCGGGAGGCCCGGGGAGGCCGGGCUGCACGGGGGCCGGCGUGCGCCCGGGUCCCCUCGCCGCAUGUCCUUCGGCGGGCCGCGAGGUCAGGCGAGCUGUCCUUCGCCGCCACUCGCCGCCUUGGGCCUUCAGCCUCCAGCCGCCCCCCGCAGUUCCCUCUCCGCGUGCGUACCUGUGCCGGGCCUCCCUUGCUACCUCCCGACGCGGGAGGCGAAGGGCGCCCGGCUGCUGGCGGGCGAGGCUGCGUCCUCCCCCUGCGCCGGCCCGCCGGGGUCUGUGCUGCGGUGCAGCCCAGAGGGCGCGGGCCCGGCCGCCACUGCCUGUCCUCCCCGAGACUGUUUACCAACAAUAGGGGCCGGAGCGCUAAGGAUCGAGCUCCUCCUGCGGCCGGCGAGGACGCUCGGAGAGUUAGCGCGGGGAGGAACUGGGAGGCGGAUGAUGGACUGGGGUGGAAUGUUCAUCCUUGCCCCAGAGCUUUGGGCUCGAUCAAUGGCACAUGACAAACCUGAAAGAGGUGGGGGACUGUACAAAUCAAAGGUCUCUCAGACCCAUAACCAGGAUAGUGUCAAGGUCUCUCCCAAGGUCACUGAGAUGAAAACAGCAGAAGAGCCAGCACCAAAUCUUGGGCAGACCCUGGAGUGGCUGAGAAAGGAGCUGUCUGAGAUGCAGAUCCAAGACCAGAGGCUCCUGCUCACGCUGAGACAUCUUCACAGUGUGCUGGAGGAGCUGCGUGCUGACAGUGCCCAAUGGGAAGAGGCCAGGUCCAGCGGAGGGACAUCCCCCAUCAGAGCCCGAGCAGGCUCUGAAGGAAGAGGCUGCCAGCCUGUCUCCUCAAGGGGGCUGGCCCAGCUCCUCCGAGGGGAAGACAGCAGACGAAGCUCCCUCCCUUAACUGGCUAGAGAUGACACUGACCUCCCACCACUAGUCUAAACUUUGACUGUGAUGUUUUCGGGGUAGAGCAUUGGAAUGGUAGCCAGGAAGCCAGGGCUCUGUGUUCACCUCUGCCCUCAUGUGCUGUGUGACUCUGGAUCUGUCACUCAACUUCUCUGUGUCUUUGGUUCCUUUUCUGUCACUUAUAG